AUGCGCUUUACUAAAUUGAUAUCUUCUUCUGCCGUGGUCGGCCUCGCGUGCGCCUCUGAAGUGGCGCACGAGCACCACGACCGGCGUGCGGUAGCGUACGUGACGAACUACCGGACGACGACGGUGUGGGCGAAGGCGCCCAUGACGAUCGCCGGGUCGAGCACGACGCUGGUGAUGAACUCGGACAUGGCGCGGCCUACCGGCCCAGCGACCGAGUCGUACUCGGCGGUGAGCCGUGAGGGCGCGGUACCCGUGCCUCAGCAGAGCUCUUCGGGCUCGAGUGUGAGCUCGAGCUGGACGCCGGUGGCCACGCCUGCAGUGACGCCGGUGGAGGCACCCUCGGGGACGCCGGUGGCGCCGCCAGCGGCGCCGCCGGUGGAGACGCCAGUGGAGACGCCGGUGAGCUCUUCGAGCGUGCCAAACGUGCCUAGCUCGUCGAGCGCUCCUAGCUCUUCGAGCGCUCCUAGCUCGUCGUACAGCGAGCCUCCUGCUUCCACGCCGGCGACGCCGGCCAGCAGCAGCGCGGCGUCCACAGUGUCUAGCGCUUCUGCGUCCGCGUCCGCGUCCGACGAGGCUGGCCACCACCUGUUUGGUGCUGGGGCCAGGGGUAUCACCUACUCUCCUUACGCUUCUGACGGUACCUGCAAGUCGCCUGCUAAGAUCACUGAGGAAAUCAAAACCUUGAGCAGCUUCCCUGUGUUGCGGUUGUACGGUGUGGACUGUGCCCAAGUUGAGACUGUCCUCCAGGCCAAGGCUCCAGGCCAAAAGCUCUUCCUAGGUAUCUUCUUCGUCGACCAAAUUGAGGCCGGCGUGAAGGCCAUCAAGGAGGCUGUUCAGAAGCAUGGAUCCUGGGACGACAUCGACACCAUUUCUAUCGGUAACGAACUUGUGAACAACGGCCAGGCGACCGUGGACCAGAUGGCUGGUUACAUGAAAACUGGCCGCAAGUGCCUCGCUGAGGCCGGCUACAAGGGCCCAGUUGUUUCCGUGGACACUUUCAUCGCUGUAAUCAACAACCCUGGUCUAUGUGACCUAUCAGACUACAUGGCUGUCAACGCCCACCCAUACUUCGACUUCCACACUUCUGCUGCUAUGGCCGGCCCUUGGGUUUUGCACCAGAUCCAGAGAGUCUGGAGCGCCUGCAACGGUAACAAGAAAGUUGUCAUCACCGAGACCGGCUGGCCUACUCAGGGUCAGACUUACGGCAAGGCCAUUCCAUCCAAAGCCAACCAGAAGAUGGCCUUGGAAUCUAUCAAGGCCACUUGUGGUGAUAGCGCUAUCCUAUUUACUGCUUUCGACGACUACUGGAAGCCAGAUGGGCCUUACGGUGUCGAGAAGUUCUGGGGUAUGCUAUAA